AUGCGCUUCCUCCUCGGCCAAACAAUAUAUGUGUUUAACGUCCUCAACGCGCCAUAUUCCAACACUGCGUACUCCAUCGUGAGGAAUGCAUUCUUGUCGGUCAAGCGGUGGCUUCCGCGCUUGAUCAAAUUUCCUGUUAUGUAUAACAUCACUAUGACGCCCCUUAUGCUCGACACAGUGGAGUGUCUGGUACAUCGCACAGUUCCCAUUAUCCGACUCCCUCGUCCAGGUCGCAUAAUUAUUGACCGCUAUACGGGUAUCUACGCAACCCAUCUGUCUAAUCUGUAUGAUAUCUGCGAGUACGGCUGUGCAAGAAAGCAAAUAAUGCUCAGAAGUGAGUCGGGACCGUCGAUGGGUGGCAAUGAGCCGCUUUAUGAGAUCGAGCAACUAACUCGAGACUGGGAGCCGCCCAGAUCACCCACAUUGUUUGAUGACCUCCGGCCACAUGAGAUCAAGCGAGUGUAUAUCGUCUUGCUGCUCUGUUGGCUAUUCACCACUUACGAUAUCCAAUUGAGAUUAAAGAUGAGAUCGUUCGAGAUCUCGCAAGUGAAAUAUUCUCCCAGUUGUCAUUUUUCGCUCCGAUAG